ACCUUUAGAAUCAAAUACUAAUAACGAAAAAGGAUCUCCACAGAACUCUAUUAAGCCACUCGCACCAAAUUCAAAAGAAAUAUUAAAGGUAUCAAAUAGCGUACCGAAUCUAACCACGGGAGGAAAUGAUGAUAAUGUAACAAACACCCCCGAACCUGAUGAUAUUGAUACUAUAAUGGAUGGGCUAAACUCGAAUUCAGAUGAAAAUCUAGAUGACCAGAAUAAUGGAUCAGAUCCAUCGUCAUUAGAAACAAAACAGGAAAUUCCAGAUUACAGCGAUAUCGAAGAUAUUAAAGAAAAUCAUAUUUUAAACGACUUAAAAGACCCCUUAAAUCCUAAAACAAAAAAGUUGGGAAAAAAACGGUCAGAUAAUAAUAAACAACCAAAAAUAAUAAAACAUGAAUUAACUACACCUUUGGAAUCAAAUACUAAUAACGAAAAAGGAUCUCCACAGAACUCUAUUAAGCCACUCGCACCAAAUUCAAAAGAAAUAAUAAAGGUAUCAAAUAGCGUACCGAAUCUAACCACGGGAGGAAAUGAUGAUAAUGUAACAAACACCCCCGAACCUGAAGAUAUUGAUACUAUAAUGGAUGGGCUGAACUCGAAUUCAGAUGAUAAUCUAGAUGACCAGAAUAAUGGAAGAUAUCCAUCGUCAGUAGAUACAAAACAGGAAAUUCCAGAUUACAGCGAUAUCGAAGAUAUUAAAGAAAAUGAUAUUUUAAACGACUUAAAAGACCCCUUAAAUCCUAAAACAAAAAAGUUGGGGAAAAAAAGGUCAGAUAAUAAUAAACAACCAAAAAUAAUAAAACAUGAAUUAACUACACCUUUGGAAUCAAAUACUAAUAACGAAAAAGGAUCUCCACAGAACUCUAUUAAGCCACUCGCACCAAAUUCAAAAGAAAUACUAAAGGUAUCAAAUAGCGUACCGAAUCUAACCACGGGAGGAAAUGAUGAUAAUGUAACAAACACUCCAGAACGUGAUGAUAUUGAUACUAUAAUGGAUGGACUGAACUCGAAUUCAGAUGAUAAUCUAGAUGACCAGAAUAAUGGAUCAUAUCCAUCGUCAUUAGAUACAAAGCAGGAAAUUCCAGAUUACAGCGAUAUCGAAGAUAUUAAAGAAAAUGAUAUUUUAAACGACUUAAAAGACCCCUUAAAUCCUAAAACAAAAAAGUUGGGAAAAAAAAGGUCAGAUAAUAAUAAACAACCAAAAAUAAUAAAACAUGAAUUAACUACACCUUUGGAAUCAAAUACUAAUAACGAAAAAGGAUCUCCACAGAACUCUAUUAAACAGGAAAUUCCAGAUUACAGCGAUAUCGAAGAUAUUAAAGAAAAUCAUAUUUUAAACGACUUAAAAGACCCCUUAAAUCCUAAAACAAAAAAGUUGGGAAAAAAACGGUCAGAUAAUAAUAAACAACCAAAAAUAAUAAAACAUGAAUUAACUACACCUUUGGAAUCAAAUACUAAUAACGAAAAAGGAUCUCCACAGAACUCUAUUAAGCCACUCGCACCAAAUUCAAAAGAAAUAUUAAAGGUAUCAAAUAGCGUACCGAAUCUAACCACGGGAGGAAAUGAUGAUAAUGUAACAAACACCCCCGAACCUGAAGAUAUUGAUACUAUAAUGGAUGGACUGAACUCGAAUUCAGAUGAUAAUCUAGACGACCAGAAUAAUGGAUCAUAUCCAUCGUCAUUAGACACAAAACAGGAAAUUCCAGAUUACAGCGAUAUCGAAGAUAUUAAAGAAAAUGAUAUUUUAAAUGACUUAAAAGACCCCUUUAAUCCUAAAACAAAAAAGUUGGGAAAAAAACGGUCAGAUAAUAAUAAACAACCAAAAAUAAUAAAACAUGAAUUAACUACACCUUUGGAAUCAAAUACUAAUAACGAAAAAGGAUCUCCACAGAACUCCAUUAAGCCACUCGCACCAAAUUCAAAAGAAAUAUUAAAGGUAUCAAAUAGCGUACCGAAUCUUACCACGGGAGGAAAUGAUGAUAAUGUAACAAACACCCCCGAACCUGAAGAUAUUGAUACUAUAAUGGAUGGGCUGAACUCGAAUUCAGAUGAUAAUCUAGAUGACCAGAAUAAUGGAUCAUAUCCAUCGUCAGUAGAUACAAAACAGGAAAUUCCAGAUUACAGCGAUAUCGAAGAUAUUAAAGAAAAUGAUAUUUUAAACGACUUAAAAGACCCCUUAAAUCCUAAAACAAAAAAGUUGGGAAAAAAAAGGUCAGAUAAUAAUAAACAACCAAAAAUAAUAAAACAUGAAUUAACUACACCUUUGGAAUCAAAUACUAAUAACGAAAAAGGAUCUCCACAGAACUCUAUUAAGCCACUCGCACCAAAUUCAAAAGAAAUAUUAAAGGUAUCAAAUAGCGUACCGAAUCUAACCACGGGAGGAAAUGAUGAUAAUGUAACAAACACCCCCGAACCUGAAGAUAUUGAUACUAUAAUGGAUGGGCUGAACUCGAAUUCAGAUGAUAAUCUAGAAGGCCAGAAUAAUGGAUCAUAUCCAUCGUCAGUAGAUUCAAAACAGGAAAUUCCAGAUUACAGCGAUAUCGAAGAUAUUAAAGAAAAUGAUAUUUUAAACGACUUAAAAGACCCCUUAAAUCCUAAAACAAAAAAGUUGGGGAAAAAAAGGUCAGAUAAUAAUAAACAACCAAAAAUAAUAAAACAUGAAUUAACUACACCUUUGGAAUCAAAUACUAAUAACGAAAAAGGAUCUCCACAGAACUCUAUUAAGCCACUCGCACCAAAUUCAAAAGAAAUAUUAAAGGUAUCAAAUAGCGUACCGAAUCUAACCACGGGAGGAAAUGAUGAUAAUGUAACAAACACCCCCGAACCUGAUGAUAUUGAUACUAUAAUGGAUGGGCUGAACUCGAAUUCAGAUGAUAAUCUAGAUGAUCAGAAUAAUGGAAGAUAUCCAUCGUCAGUAGAUACAAAACAGGAAAUUCCAGAUUACAGCGAUAUCGAAGAUAUUAAAGAAAAUGAUAUUUUAAACGACUUAAAAGACCCCUUAAAUCCUAAAACAAAAAAGUUGGGAAAAAAAAGGUCAGAUAAUAAUAAACAACCAAAAAUAAUAAAACAUGAAUUAACUACACCUUUGGAAUCAAAUACUAAUAACGAAAAAGGAUCUCCACAGAACUCCAUUAAGCCACUCGCACCAAAUUCAAAAGAAAUAUUAAAGGUAUCAAAUAGCGUACCGAAUCUAACCACGGGAGGAAAUGAUGAUAAUGUAACAAACACCCCCGAACCUGAAGAUAUUGAUACUAUAAUGGAUGGGCUGAACUCGAAUUCAGAUGAUAAUCUAGAUGACCAGAAUAAUGGAUCAUAUCCAUCGUCAGUAGAUACAAAACAGGAAAUUCCAGAUUACAGCGAUAUCGAAGAUAUUAAAGAAAAUCAUAUUUUAAACGACUUAAAAGACCCCUUAAAUCCUAAAACAAAAAAGUUGGGAAAAAAACGGUCAGAUAAUAAUAAACAACCAAAAAUAAUAAAACAUGAAUUAACUACACCUUUGGAAUCAAAUACUAAUAACGAAAAAGGAUCUCCACAGAACUCCAUUAAGCCACUCGCACCAAAUUCAAAAGAAAUAUUAAAGGUAUCAAAUAGCGUACCAAAUAUAACCACGGGAGGGAACAAUGUUACACUUAUGGAAAAAAAUGACUUGAGUUCACCAAAUUUAAAACACGAGACUACUGAAUUUUCAAUUCCAAAAGACAACAACAGUCAAAUUAUAAGAGAAAAAAAUAAAUCUUUGGAAAAAUUAAAUCCCAAUUCAAAGACAAUAAUCGAAAAACCUCAUAUUACAGAAGAAUCUAUUUCAAAUAAACUUGAUAAACCAAAAAUUUAUAGAAAACCCGUAACUUUAGAUAAUCCUGAUAAGGAUAUAAGAAUAUUAGACAUUUCCGACGAAUACAACAACUUGGGUGGUAUGACAAUGGAAGAUUCCGAUUUUAAAACAUUUGUAGAUAAAUCACCUAAUAUAAAAGACAAACAAGAUAAAAGUAUAACGGAAAAGAAUAAAUCUAGUCCCAAUAUUAAUUGCAAAACAAUUAAACCAGAGACAGAUGAUAGUAUUGGUACUCUGAAUUUCUCUGAUGAAAUUCCUGAUGAUCAAUUAGCGUUCAUUAAUGAUCUUUCAUAUGAAAAAACCAAUGAAGAAAAACCAAGUGAUCAAUCAAUUAAUUUAGUGCCGACAACGGAUAAAAUACCCGAUUCUGAAAAAAUAUUAUCAACAGACGAACCUCCGGGAAAAGAUUGGAAAAUAGACGAUGAGAAUAUUCUUAAUAAAGUACCCCGACCAAGUCUUUUUGAAUCGGAUACUGGAAAACCUAUGUCCAAUGAUGAUGCUGAUAAUGGUAAAAGUAACGUUAUACCUGUUCCAAGUCUAUCAAAAGACGAUGAAGGUAAUUCUAAGAAUUCACGUGGGAACCAAAAAGUAAUUGAUCUAGACGAUAAAUCAGUAAGUUCAAUUGAAGAAUUAUUAAAAAGUCUCAAAGAUGAGGAUGACUCACAAUUAACUUCAAUAAACUUUGAUGAUGUAAAUGUUACACCGAUGGAAAAAAAUGACUUGAGUUUACAAAAUUUAAAACACGAGACUACUGAAUUUUCAACUCCAAAUGACAACAACAGUCAAAUUAUAAGAGAAAAAAAUAAAUCUGUGGAAAAAUUAAAUCCCAAUUCAAAUACAAUAAUCGAAAAACCUCAUAUUACAGAAGAAUCUAUUUCAAAUAAACUUGAUAAACCAAAAAUUUAUAGAAAACCCGUAACUUUAGAUAAUCCUGAUAAGGAUAUAAAAAUAUUUGACAUUUCGGACGAAUACAACAACUUGGGUGGUAUGACAAUGGAAGAUUCCGAUUUUAAAACAUCUGUAGAUAAAUCACCUAAUAUAAAAGACAAACAAGAUAAAAGUAUAAUGGAAAAGAAUAAAUCUACUCCCAAUAUUAAUUGCAAAACAAUUAAACCAGAGACAGAUGAUAGUAUUGGUACUCUGAAUUUCUCUGAUGAAAUUCCUGAUGAUCAUUUAGCUUUCAUUAAUGAUCUUUCAUAUGAAAAAACCAAUGAAGAAAAACCAAGUGAUCAAUCAAUUAAUUUAGUGCCGACGACGGAUAAAAUACCCAAUUCUGAAAAAAUAUUAUCAACAGACGGAUCUCCGGGAAAAGAUUGGAAAAUGGACGGUGAGAAUAUUGUUAAUAAAGUACCCCAACCAAGUCUUUUUGCAUCGGAUACUGGAAAACCUAUAUCCAAUGAUGAUGCUGAUAAUGGUAAAAUUAACGUUAUACCUGUUACAUGUCUAUCAAAAGACGAUGAAGGUAAUUCUAAGAAUUCACCUGGGAACCAAAAAGUUAUUGAUCUAGACGAUAAAUCAGUAAGUUCAAUUGAAGAAUUAUUAAAAAGUCUCAAAUGAUGA